GAAUUAUUCGAGGUGCGGUAAGGUGUCCGGACACCACCUCACCGUUGAAGAAAAAAAAUGCCAUUAGAAUAUUAGAAAAUGACCGAUCAACAGACCUGAAAGAUUGAGAGUAUAGGCAUAUCAAUUCACCAGUUGCUUUGCUCCAUCUGAAUCGCCGCCGCAAUUUCAGUUCAAUCCAACCAGCCAAUGGCGACUGAAUCGAACUCCGCAGAUGAAAUUGAAGAUAACAAGUCUCUGCAAUCUAUUCGUUACAGGCGCGGUUCACUUCAGCUACUCGAUCAGAGAAAGCUUCCGCUUGAAACUAUUUAUUUGGAAAUUCGAGAUGCAACGGAUGGAUGGGGUGCAAUAAGGGAUAUGGUGGUCCGUGGGGCACCCGCAAUUGCCAUAGCUGCUGCCCUCUCCUUGGCGGUAGAAUUAUUUAACUUAAAGGGUUUUAAUGGGACAUCUGAUGAUGCAACAUCUUUCCUUAUCAAGAAAUUGGAAUAUCUUGUCUCAAGCCGGCCAACGGCUGUGAAUCUUUCAGAUGCUGCAGAAAAACUUAAAGAAGUUGCAAAGAAGGUUGCCGCCACUACUUCUGGAGCCAUGACUGUGUUCCAGGCUUACAUUGAAGCUGCUGAAAUUAUGCUCAAAGAUGAUGUUGCUUCCAAUAAAGCAAUUGGAUCUUAUGGAGCCAGUUUUCUUCAGCAGCAGCUGAAAGACUUUAAGAGCAUAUCUGUUUUGACCCAUUGCAACACUGGCAGUCUUGCGACAGCUGGAUAUGGGACUGCUUUAGGUGUGAUCCGUGCACUUUAUGCUGAGGGUGUUCUAGAAAGGGCAUACUGUACAGAAACCCGUCCAUUCAACCAAGGUUCCAGGCUGACAGCAUUUGAGUUGGUGCAUGACAACAUACCUGCCACUCUAAUAGCAGAUUCUGCUGCUGCCGCAUUGAUGAAAACUGGAUGUGUGAAUGCUGUCAUUGUCGGGGCCGAUCGCGUGGCUGCUAAUGGUGAUACUGCCAAUAAGGUUGGUACUUACAGCCUUGCGCUGUGUGCAAUGCAUCAUGGUAUUCCCUUUUAUGUCGCUGCACCCCUGACUUCGAUUGAUUUAUCUAUAUCUUCUGGGAAAGAAAUUAUAAUAGAAGAAAGAUCUGCAAAAGAAUUGUUGAACUCACGUGGAGGACUUGGAGAACAAGUUGCUGCUUCUGGAGUCUCUGUCUGGAACCCGGCUUUUGACAUAACCCCAGCUACUAUCAUCAGUGGUAUCAUUACAGAAAAGGUCUCUCUCUUUCUCUGUAACACAGACACACAGGCACACAUACGGACACUCUUACCUCUCCUCUCUCACAUGUGUGUACACGGACCCACACGCCUAGCAUUGAGCGAGCAUCUUCCAGGAGAUGCAAAACUUGUAAUUGGUUGAACUUGAAUUUCUUACUUCUUCUCUGACCAGGGUGUCAUUACAAAGACUGAGAUUGAUGCUUUUGACAUUAACGGAUUCACACUCAAGUUGUCAUGCAACUCAUAACACUAGAGGCAUCCCUACGAGCGACUCACUACACUAGAGGCUACUUCUGUUGAAAUACAUCCUCUUACAGCUGCUGUUUUUGACAACUAACAGAAGGUAGGUGUUGCUUGUAAUGUACACUAAGAUGUCUAUCCCCUGUUCAACAGUUUAUUGCUUGUAAUGUACUUGAAUAAGUACACUGAAUUCCGGUGAGAUUUGUGAUUUCUUAUUCCGUAUUUGUAUGUUUUUUGGUUGUUUUUGGCUUUUGUAUUGUGAACUGUGGACAUCGAACCCUUGCAUUUGUUGAGAUGCACGUAAGUUGGCUUUAAAAUGUGUCAAUGUCCUAAAGAUAGAGUUUUUAUGUAUCGACACAAUGAUUUUCUUUA